AUGGACUCGGCGGCCAAAACCAAAAGCAGCAACGGACCAGACUCACGCGGCAUUGGCCAGCUUCCCGUUGAGCUAAUCGACGUCAUUUUGGAAAGCGUAGGGGAAGACAAGGAGACCAUCCUCGCCUGCUCGUGGGUAUCACGCCUAUGGCACGAAAUCUUCCUCCCGUAUCUCUUCGCUUCCCUGAAGGUCGUGUCCAAGUACGACUUCCUCGACUUCCACGGAUUCUUGGAGAUGCACCCGGAAAUUGCUCUCUACGUACGCAAGCUUCAGCUCAAGUUCGCAUACACUGGCAAAUGGACGUACCGCUUAAAACCCCAGGAUGACGUCCCGAUCGUCGGACGCACCGAACUCUGCGUCCUCGUAACACUACUUCCCCGUCUGCAGGAGCUUCACCUCUACGACCUCUGGCUCGACGACGAGUCGCCGGACUCCGCUCCAGAUACUCCAAACCAUCUCCCUAAUCGCACGCUGGAGAAGCUGACCCUCGAGCGCUGUUCCGUCCCGUGGCCAACCGAGGCGAGUCCGAGUCUGGUAGCAAUCCUGAGUAUCAUCUCGGUCUUUGAUUUCAUCAACACCGUGGAGCUACUCGCAAUGCAAAUUCCCACCCCAGGACUCCCGGUCCCCAAAUGCACGCGCCCUAUCCGCACACUCAAUGUGGCCACGCUUAUUGCCGGAGACCUCAGCCAAGUCGACACCCCCCUCUCAAUCAGGGUCCUCUUUGACCCCCUUUGCGCGUUCCUUGCCCCCGGUUGCCUCCGCUCACUUGAGCUGGAGUGCUUCGGCGCACAAGUGGUGCAUAAGUCAGCGGCCGAAGUGCGGCUCACGUUCGGCGCGCUAGUGGAGAGUGCGGCCCGCGACGCGCUGCACAUUCACGUCCCGUUCCUCUUGUCCCUUCCUCAGAUUGGACCCAAUGCAGACCCUCCAGGUGUGUAUCUUGCAUUCCGCAGGUUUACCGCUUCGCAUGUGCUGAUCAACACGCUCAAAGAGCAUUGGCGCGCCCUCAACCUGGGAGUGUGUACGUCCCUCAGGUCCCUCACCCUCGACAUCCUCAUACACCGGUCCGACACGCGCCCUGCACCAGGCUGGAUGGACACCCGGCACCCUUCGGUAGACCAGGCCUGCCACGCGCUCCUCGCGCACAUCCCCGCGACCAUCCGCGUGCUCACGCUGAGGUUUUGGCGCUUGGACACGCGCUGGCUGGCGGAGUUCGACAAUGCGACGUCGCUCGGGCUGCUCGGGCUAGACUCCGCGCUGGCCGGGCGGUUUGAACAUUUGGAGCGGGUUGAGGUAAUGAUUCGUGAGGAUCUUUGUUUCGACAUGGACGGGAGCUCGUCGGCGUUGCCGGCAGCGAUGCCGGAGCUGCGCGCGAAGGGGAUACUUAAGGUGGUCCCUUGGGCGCCUGAGAUCGUUUAA